AGCCGCGGUGCCUUGUGGGAAGGCAGAAAAAUGGCGGCGCCCGUAAGACGGACUGUGUUAGAGGUGGCGAAGGGCUGGCGGCGGUUCGAGGGGCACUGGGCCGGUAGCCUUGGCUCUCGCAGCCUGGCCCUUGCGGCCGCACCCCUGAACAGCGGGUCUCCAUGGCGCUUGUUGGGCGCGUUGUGCCUGCAGCGGCCACCGCUGGUCUCGAAGCCGCUGACCCCAUUGCAGGAAGAGAUGGCGGCUCUACUGCAGCAGAUUGAGGUAGAGAGAAGUAUGUACUCAGACCAUGAGCUUCGCGCUUUGGCUGAAGCCCAGAGACUGGCAAAGAAGAAAGCUGACUUGUAUGAUGAAGAAGAUGACCAGAAUGUAUUGUUGGUGCAGGAUUUGGAAGACGUAUGGGAGCAGAAAUUCCUACAGUUCAAACCUGGAGCUCGCAUAACAGAAGCCGAUAAAAAGAACGACCGAACCUCACCAUACCGGAAGCUAGACAGGAACCUUGUUCUGUUGGUCAAAGAGAAGCUUGGAGACGAGGAAAUUUGGAUACUUCCCCAGGCAGAGUGGCGGCCUGGGGAGACCCUCCGAGGAACAGCUGAGCGAACCCUGGCCACACUGUCAGAAAACAAAGUGGAAGCCAAGUUCCUGGGAAAUGCGCCCUGUGGCCACUACAAGUUCAAGUUCCCUCAGGCAAUGCGGACAGAGAGUAGCCUCGGGGCCAAAGUAUUCUUCUUCAAAGCGCUGCUCUUAACCGGAGGAGACUUCUCCCAGGCCCGGAAGAAGGGCCAGCAUGUCUGGGUCUGUAAGGAAGAGCUGGGUGACUACUUGCAACCGAAGUACCUGGCCCAGGUUAGGCGAUUUCUCUUGGACCUCUGACAGACAGCGUGGUGCUGCUGUGGACAGUCCCCGCACAGGCCUGCCAUCAGGGCCCUGAGGACACUGUGUGCUGGCCCCGUCUUUGCUGGGAACAUCGUGCAGCAAACUCGGAGAAAUAAAUGCGUUUAUCUUCGUG